GGCAUUGGAUUUCUACGAAUACAGAACUUUAGAGCCUGGCUGCCUGAGUUUGGACCCCAGCUCUGCCACACAUUAGUGUAAACCCUAGUACCAGGAGAUAGGAAUUCCAGUCCUGCCCCUUCCGCUGCUACUAGUAGAGCAAGGAGACAGCACUGAUCCUCACAGAGUGGGUUCUGGAAGAAGAGAGGGCGAGAAGUCCUCGGGAGCAGAGAGGAGGCGAUGGAGCUCCCCAACUACAGCCGGCAGCUGCUGCAGCAGCUCUACACUCUGUGCAAGGAGCAGCAAUUCUGUGACUGCACCAUUUCCAUCGGUGCCAUUUACUUCAGGGCCCACAAGCUCGUCCUGGCUGCGGCCAGCCUCCUGUUCAAAACCCUGCUGGACAACACAGACACCAUCUCCAUCGAUGCGUCUGUGGUGAGCCCCGAGGAGUUUGCCCUCUUGUUAGAAAUGAUGUACACUGGCAAACUACCCGUGGGCAAGCACAACUUCUCCAAAAUCAUCUCUCUGGCCGACAGCCUCCAGAUGUUUGAUGUGGCCGUUAGUUGUAAAAAUCUUCUGACCAGCCUUGUGAACUGCUCUGUUCAGGGUCAGGUGGUAAGGGAUGUCUCCGUACCAUCCUCAGAGGCAUUCAGGAAGGAACCGGAGAAGCCUGAAGUAGAAAUCCUUGCCUCUGAGGGCGCUGCAGAGUCUCGUCCUUCCCUGGAGGCUUCUGCCCCUCUAGGGGGCCCUGUGAAAGCCGAGACUGAGGACGCAGAGAUGAGUAUGGGGCCUUCCAGUGCCCAGGAGAUGCAGGGGAACAUAGAUACCCCAGUGGAGACUCCUCAUCCAUCUGAAGUUUGUUCCCCCUCUCCUGCUGUACAAGCCUUUAGAGAGGCAAAGGGGGCAAGCACAGAGCCAGAGUAUGAGAGGAAACACCAUCAGCUGAAUUUUCUUCUAGAGAAUGAAAGUGUCUUCUCUGAUGCACUCUUGGUUACCCAGGAUGUUUUAAAAAGACUAGAAGAAUGUUCGGAAAUUAAAGGUGCACAGGAGGAGACUAUAAUGGGAUGUCUUGAGGGUGAAGAAGGACACUCGGCAUUCCAGAGAAUCCUGGAUAAAGUAAGAGAUGAGAGCCUGGAUGUUCAGACUGUCGUGUCACUCUUGAAGCUGUACCAAGAUUCCAAUCCUGCAGUAAAGGCAGCACUGUUAGACAGAAAACCAGAUGUCGACAUGGUGCAGCCAGAAGGGAGCACAGAGGAGGGAAAGACCUUGUCUGCUCUGUUACUAGAACACAAAGAGGACCUGAUCCAGUGUGUCACACAGCUGAGACCUAUCCUGGAGUUCCUGGAAACAGCCAAGGAGGAAUUCCUGACUGGCACUGAGAAAAGGGUGAUCCUGGAUUGCUGCGAGGGUGGGACACCCAAGGAGACGAUGGAGAAGCUUCUGCACAGUGUGUCUGAAGAUAAGACUCUGACUGCAGAGAGUUUGGUAAAACUCCUUCAGGCUGUGAAACCGACAUCACCACACUUGGGCCUUCUGCUGGAGAAUUUGCAGCGAUUAGCCACCUCGUCAGGCACCCCAGUCCAAGCAAGCCCUGAUGAUUAUGGGACCGAGCUGUUGAGGCGGUAUCAUGAAAACCUCUCGGAGAUUUUCACAGACAACCAGAUAUUACUAAAAAUGAUCCCACACGUGAAGGGUUUAGCCCGUGGAGAAAGAGAGGUCAUGGAGAAGCUCGUGAAACGUGACUCUGGCUCGGGUGGUUUCAGUUCUCUGAUGUCAGCAGUUCUAGAAAAGCAGACUCUCUCUGCAACAGCCAUUUGGCAAUUGCUGCUGGUGGCUCAGGAGACCAAGACCUGCCCCCUGAACCUGCUCAUGGAGGAAAUACGAAGGGAAUCUGGUGCCGAUGCCUUCUUCCGGGCAGUGGCCAGCCCAGAAAGUGCAGCCUUGGAAGCCGUCCUGAGGCAUCGCAGACUGAUCCUAGAGGCCAUCCAACAGGGGGUGGGACUCAAGUGCUUUACUGCAGAGGAGGAACAGCUGGUAGACGCUGUGAAGGAGAUUCUGAGCAUUUCCUCUGAGACAGCCAGCCCUGAAGCUUCCCUGAAAGUAGUGCUGAGCAGAGCCAUGGAAAAAUCUGUCCCGGCCAUCGAAAUAUGUCACCUCCUGUGCAGCGUCCACAGAUCUUUCCCAGGCCUGCAGCCUGUCAUGCAUGAGUUAGCAUACACUGGCUUCCUUACUCAGGAAAGUGGAGAGAGGGAAAGAUGGAAGGUGAACACCAAAUUUCACCGUGAAGCCAACGACAGAACAGAUGCCGAGCCAGCAGAGGAAGGCUGCCAGCCUGGCAAACAGAGCGGUCAAGGCGAGACCGGUUCCUUGCCAGAGCAACAAGACAAAGACACGUCUGCCUCCCCCAACUCUGCCAAGAAGAGCUUCGUCUGUAAGGCCUGUGACAAAAGCUUCCAUUUCUACUGCCGCCUGAAGGUGCACAUGAAGCGCUGCCGGGUGGCCAAGAGCAAACAGGUGCAGUGUAAGGAGUGCAGCGAGACCAAGGAUUCUAAGAAGGAGCUGGAAAAACAUCAGCUGGAGGCCCAUGGUGCAGGAGGAGAGCCCGAUGUCCCGAAGAAGAAGAAGAAGAGGCUGCCGGUGACAUGUGACCUCUGUGGAAGAGAAUUUGCCCAUGCCUCAGGCAUGCAGUACCACAAACUGACAGAGCACUUUGACGAGAAGCCUUUCUCCUGUGAAGAGUGUGGGGCCAAGUUUGCAGCCAAUUCUACCCUGAAGAACCACCUUCGCCUUCACACGGGGGACCGCCCGUUCAUGUGCAAGCACUGCCUCAUGACCUUCACCCAGGCUUCUGCCCUGGCCUACCACACCAAGAAGAAGCACUCAGAAGGGAAAAUGUAUGCCUGCCAGUACUGUGACGCUGUGUUCGCCCAGUCCAUUGAGCUGUCCCGCCACGUGAGGACCCACACCGGCGACAAGCCGUAUGUCUGCAGGGACUGUGGCAAGGGCUUCCGGCAAGCCAACGGCCUGUCCAUCCACCUGCACACCUUUCACAACAUAGAAGAUCCGUACGACUGCAAGAAAUGCAGGAUGAGCUUCCCCACUCUGCAGGACCACCGCAAGCACAUCCACGAGGUGCACUCCAAGGAGUACCACCCCUGCCCCACGUGCGGCAAGAUCUUCAGUGCCCCCUCCAUGCUGGAGCGGCACAUGGUGACCCACGUCGGAGGGAAACCCUUCAGCUGUGGGAUCUGCAACAAGGCCUACCAGCAAUUGUCUGGUUUGUGGUACCACAAUCGGACCCACCACCCUGAUGUGUUUGCUGCUCAGAACCAUCGAUCUUCCAAAUUCUCGUCACUCCAGUGCAGCUCCUGUGACAAAACCUUUUCCAACACCAUUGAACACAAGAAGCACAUCAAGGCAGAGCACGCAGAUAUGAAGUUCCACGAAUGUGACCAGUGUAAGGAGCUCUUCCCCACGCCAGCAUUGCUACAAGUUCACAUCAAGUGCCAGCAUUCAGGGUCCCAGCCGUUCAAGUGCUUGUACUGUACGGCCACCUUCCGCUUCCCGGGAGCACUGCAGCACCACGUCACCACGGAGCACUUCAAGCAGUCAGAGAGCACCUUCCCCUGUGAGCUCUGCGGGGAGCUCUUCACCGCCCAGGCCCAGCUGGAUGCUCACUUGGAAUCUGAACACCCAAAGGUGAUGGGCUCUGAACCCCAAGCAGCAGCCUCGCAGGUGGUGCAGGUGAUCCAAACCCCAGAGCCGGCAGCCCCGACAGAGCAGGUGAUCACUUUGGAGGAGACCCAGCUUGCUGGGUCACAGGUAUUUGUGACGUUGCCAGAUUCGCAGACAUCUCAGUCCAGCUCUGAGCUUGUGGCCGUGACCGUGGAGGAUUUGCUAGAUGGUACUGUGACCCUGAUCUGUGGUGAGGCCAAAUGAGUGGCCAAUCAUCCCAUGGAGGCUCCUGCGUUUGCAGCAGAGCGAGCGUUCCGCGGCUUGCCGUUGGCCCUCAGUCCCUGGCUGUCCUGAGUAGCGAGCAUCUCAGCCUGCACCAAUCAGAGCACUCUCACUUUGUUCUCACAGAACCAACAGUGUUGGGGUCCUGGGCACGGACGCCACUGCCCUCCCCAGGGGACAGGCCUACUUCCCACAGGCCUGCUGCUGUGGCCUCUGAUGAGCAGUGGGAUGGGAGCUGGUGACCGGGGCACUGGAGAGGUGCCGCAGGCCGGCGGCCUUCACUGUGCAGCAUGGCGGGUAGAGGUGGGCCUGCAGCCCACAGACUGGGCCCUCCAAUGGUGCCGGUGCUUCCUGGCCAUUUAGAAGUGAGAGAAAAGCACCAACACACCAUCCAGAGACCCCCCGGCUAGAGCACACUUGGCUCCUUCCACACUCUGUCAUUACCAUCCUCUUGGGUGGCCUGGCCCUCUCCUGGUGGCAGGACAGGGAGCAGCGUGUUCACACAGGCCGAGUCCCAGCUCAUCAGUACAGUUAGCCCUUGCCCAAACCAAGCCUUGCGGGGUUUCUGCGGGAUGCGCUCCCUGUGGGGCCGUCCAGCUGCAGACAAUCCCUGCCCUUCCAGAAUCUUCUCCGCGGUGUUCUGUACCGGAGGGCUGUCCCCGCAGCCUUCCGUGUUCUCCUCAGAGCCGAGACUGUCUUCCCCUCGCUCCAGAGCCUGUGGAGGGCUCACGAACCAGCGCCGGGUGCCGGGGUGCCCCGGCUCCUCCCCCUGCCACGGUCUCCCUGCCUUGUGAGCGGCCUGCUGUCCAGUUCCUCCAGGCAGCGCCUGUUACUGCGGGCUAGUGAUCUUUUGGCGUCAGAAUUUCACAAAGCUUUUUUAUCUUCAGUUCCUAAAAUAUAAUCUGAUAAUUAAUGGUUUGUGGAAUGAAGUGCAAUUAGAUGGAUGUAGGUUCCUGCCGUUCGGAGGGAAUGACUAGCAUUUAUCUUCCUUUCCUCGAUGCUGGAAAGUCGAAGACUGCUAGUGCAGUGUUUACACACCGGGCAGGGCUGCCGGCCACCUGGUGCAGCGUCACCCCUGACUGAGCGUGACUACAUCACUCACCCUCCAGCUACGGGCUGGCAGAGGACAAGCCCACGCCUUCUUUCCAAGCGCAUUUCACGUCACCAGGUACAAGCAGGGGCAAGGGGUCAAUUUGGGACACAGUCAGGACUUCCACUGCCUCCGCACGCUGCUGGUAGGACAGAAGGCAGGGCCCCGCCACUGCCUGCUGUGGCCGCCGUGGCCACGCGCCAGCAACGAGUUCCAGCGCGGGCCUGCGCACGCAGGCAGCUAACUCCUCCCGCCUCCAGUCGUGUCCUCGUUUUGAUUUGCAAGUCACUUGAGCUUGUCGGCUCAGGGAUCUUCCCAUUCUGGAGUAAAUGAAGUUUUCAAAGGCAAGUCCUCAGAAGCCGAAACCUGACCAGAAGAUGGUGCUCAAACCUUGAAGACGUGGCCUCCACACGAAGCCCUCCCUGCUCCUGCCACAGCUGGCUCGUCUUCAGCUGGUGCGGUCCCGGGAGCUGUCAGAGCAGGGGAGCUCUUGAUCUGCAAGUGGCAGAGUGGCACCGAAUCUCCCGUUGGCACCAGCUGAAGCCCUCUGAAAGGGACUGGAGUGGCCCAGCCCAGCGGACAAGGAUGCUGGUCCGCCGCGAUGGUUGGGGGUUGCGGCGUCAUCAGAAUUUCUGCUCACCGAAAAAUAACUGAAUUGCUGAGGGCCCGUGGGGGAAAGUGAUUUUUUUUUUUAAGAAGCCUUGUGAUGAAAGAAAGCUGUAAGUUUUUAAACCAAGUUUCAGAUCCUUUCAAGUACCGAGAACUCCUUGCUCGGGUUUCCGUGGGAGCCCCCGAUGGUGGCAGGGCACGCUUUCCUUCAGAAUCGCGGGCCCUGCAGCUCGCUCGCUGUGCGGGGCGCACGCAGAGAGGUGGGCGCUGUCGUGGAUGCGCGCUCACCUACCCCGUGGCGCACGCGGCAGGAGGCACAGACGCUGUGCUGCCUCUGGUCAGGAAUGAGGAAAGGUGCGUCCUGAACUUAACCUUUGCUCUGAGUGGACCUCCGCAAGGGGCUGCCUUGGUGGCAAUUUUGUAGUGUCACUCCCUAGAGAUGCCCAAGCGUGGACUUUAUUGUAGGAAGACUUUUCCUAGCUCUGCUUGGCCAUUUUGUUCUUUCCUCCCACUGCUGCCUGAGAGACCUUCUGAAUGUCUGCCACAGAGGACAUUGUCAUCGUGCUCUCCUCGGUCCCCCUCACUUGCUUUCUCAUGGCAGAGGUGUCUCUGCCUCAUUGCCAUGGGUGCGUCCUUCCUGGUGGCCUCCAGGCUGAACCCUGGGGGCAUUUGUGGUGGUGUGGAGGAGCCUGUGGGCUCCUUGGAACCCCUGCCCGAAUAUGUCCAUUGGGACCCCAGACUUUCUGUGCUCCCAGAGCUCAUGAAGCAGCUGGUGAGGAGAGAUAGGCAGUCAGAUUCCAAGCUGGAGUCUAAAUCUGUGGGAGUAAUGGGGAUCGCUUAGGGAACAGGAUUUGCCAUCCCAGGUAAGUGAGGCGACAGGUAGGAGAUUGAAGAGCAGGGGUUGCCAGAGGAACAUGGGACUGUCCCAAGGACAUGACAGCACCUGGCCACAGGGGCAGCAGAAGGGUGGAGGCAAAGGCAAAGCUCCUGCUUCUGUAAUAAAGCCUGUCUCUUCUGUCUCAGAAGCUUUGUGUUUAGAAAACGUGGAGCCCAGCAAGUACCAAGGACUGCGCUGUGAAUCCUGGGUUCCCCUGGUGAUCCAAGGCUUCUCUGUGGAAGCGCUCUGACUCUCCCCUCUCUCCGACCACCGGCAUCAGCCUCAUCCCUCAGGGAAGAGCUCUGAUGGUCAGGUGCUGAGGGACAAAACGGGGUCUAGUCUGACAGGUGAAUGGGGGGGGAAGGUCCCCUUCUCUCCUGGUUUAAGUAAGUCAGGGAUACUCUCAGAAUCAAGAAGAAAGAUGAGAUGGACCCUAAGAGUUUCUCACCCCAGGUGAUGUCACGGUCACCACAGGCUGAUGACAUAUUAAUGAAAUGGGAGGGCUGUGCCUUUAAAUCUCAUGUGCCCGAGAUCUUUGAAUUGCCUAAGGGAUGGAAGAAACUGCUAACCUCACAUAGAACGGUUCUAGGGGAUAAGGAGUGUUUGUAUUAAAUCGGGGCUAGAAAGCGGGACAAUGAUGGAGAAAUGGCUGAGAUGCUUUAAUUAUUUCUCCCAAAGAAAGAACAGCAGCCUCAGCCCCCUCCACUUGGUCCAGUAUUUCCCAGGGACCCUUGGGAGGUAGGGAAAAAAUGGGAGUAACAGUAAGAUUUGGGGUUGAAGAAGGUAUCAGAGGCAAACUGAUGAUUGUUUUGUUGCCAUGGAAAACCUUGGGGUUGUAGGACUUGGGCCAGAAGCUCAAAACACAGCCAGAGCUCAGAAACUUCCUGCAUGUACAGCUGUGCCUAUAAGGACGAGAGAAGCUGCCUGUGCUCUGGGAUCACGCUGUUGAGAAAAAUGAUCCCCUGGGCUAAUUCACAUUGUGUCCAAAUCAUGGAAAUGUUCGUCGUUUCUCUUCCCAAGGCCAGCCACACCUCCCACGACGGUCAGGACAACCAGCCAGCACCUGAUGCUGUGUAAAUUAAAUUACGAACCAUUAUUUUCAUUUAACUUUUGCACUAUUCUAUAUAAAUAAAAUAUGUACUUUGAAAAAA